AUGUCAGAUGAUGAUGACAAGCCACCAGCUCCUCCGGUCCGUCUAACGAGUAACAGUUUUAGAGUUGCUCGCGGGGAUUCGGUACCAAAUUUGGACAUUAUGCGGCCAUUACCAAAAGAACCAGAUUCUGACCACAAAAAGAAAACUUCCAAAAACCGUGUUACUGGUAAACUGAAAACACGGGGUACUGGAUCCGAAGAUAAACCAGAAAUAUCUUAUCCGACUAAUUUUGAACAUACCAUGCAUGUAGGCUUUGAUGCACAUACUGGCGAGUUUACUGGUAUGCCAGAAGCAUGGGCUCGACUUUUAAUAACAUCAAAUAUAAGCAAACAAGAACAAAAAAAGAAUCCUCAAGCUGUUCUUGAUGUGCUUAAUUGGUUUGAUAACUCCAGUAAACAAUCAAAAACUUCCAAGUAUAUGACCACAGCCACAAAUAUUGUACAAAAUAGUACUCCCCCUACUGAAGUAUUAGUGCGUGGUGCACACAGUGGAGGUAGUUCAUCGUACUCUGGAGUCAGUAGCAGCCAGCCUUCUUCAUCAACAGGUAGCACUAGUCCCUCACUGACCACAACUCCCACAACAGAUGAACAAACAUCUCCCCCACCACCUGUAUCUGUACGUCCUGAACGUACAAAAUCUGUGUAUACCAAACCAAUAGAAGAAGAUGAGCCUAGGUCCAUCACCCAAGAAGAACCUAAAGUAGUUUCACCGGUUCCACUUCACCGGCCUAGUCAAACCAAUGGAACUGUACCAGUAUUGGAUAAAAAUAAAAAUAACACUACUGCAACUAGUCGUAAAAAAGUUGCUGAUAAUGAAAUAUUAGAACAACUAAAAACAAUAGUAACAGUAGGUGAUCCAAAUAGAAAAUAUACCAAGAUGGAAAAAAUUGGACAGGGAGCAUCUGGUACCGUUUACACGGCUAUUGAAACGUCUACUGGUAUGGAAGUGGCUAUAAAACAAAUGAAUUUAGGUCAACAACCAAAGAAAGAACUUAUUAUUAAUGAAAUACUAGUCAUGCGAGAAAAUAAACAUGCAAAUGUUGUGAACUAUUUAGAUAGUUAUUUAGUACAAGAUGAACUCUGGGUUGUAAUGGAAUAUUUACCAGGCGGUAGUUUAACAGAUGUUGUCACAGAAACUUGUAUGGAUGAAGGUCAAAUAGCUUCUGUAUGCCGAGAAGUACUUCAAGCCCUUCAGUUUUUACAUUUCAACCAAGUUAUACAUAGAGACAUUAAGUCUGAUAACAUUUUACUUGGAUUAGAUGGUAGUGUUAAGUUAACUGAUUUCGGAUUUUGUGCUCAAAUUUCACCUGAGCAAUCCAAACGAACUACAAUGGUCGGUACACCAUAUUGGAUGGCACCAGAAGUAGUUACACGUAAACAGUAUGGUCCUAAGGUAGACAUAUGGUCAUUAGGUAUAAUGGCUAUUGAAAUGAUUGAAGGUGAACCACCAUAUUUGAAUGAAAAUCCCUUAAGGGCGUUGUAUUUAAUUGCAACCAAUGGAAAACCAGAGAUCAAAGAAAAGGAAAAAUUAUCUCCAAUUUUUCAAGACUUUUUGGAUCAGUGCCUUGAAGUUGAGGUUGAAGAUCGUGCAUCAGCCUCUGAACUUUUAAAACACCCAUUUUUGAAGCUUUCCAGACCUUUAGCCAGUCUGACUCCUUUGAUAAUGGCAGCGAAACAAGCCGCCAAGGGUCAUUGA